AAAAAGAGAUACAGAGUCAUCAGAGGAGUUAGUGCUGGAGGCAGCACAACGCGCCCACCCAAGUUAUCUCUCGAUAGCGACGCUGUUUUCUUGCCAGUUGAGCUCAACUUGGUCGGUGCUACAGUCGAAGAUAUCUGCUACCCUCAGUGGUCGCCCACCGAGAAGGAUGACAGAAGAAGAAUCAUCAGGAUAGAAAGAAUACAGAACGGUCCCAAGUUGAUUGCUAACUUCUCCAUCGUCGGUAGUGCCAACGAAAAUCCCAUCACUUUACCUCCUCCUCCUAAUGCUGAUGUGGUGGAAGUGUCAUGUUUGGAGUGCAAUGUCAAGGUUAAUGAUGAGUACUACGAUUCGCAAAGCAGUGAUGAUGAAGGUAACAAGUCAGGCUCGUCGCCCAAGAGUUUUGUUAAGAGUGAAGCUGACGGUGAAACCUAUCAGUACUACAUUACAUCUGUGGAAGUAGUGGAAAUUGUCGAAUUGUUGAUCGGCACUCAGUUGAAAGACCCCGCUGAAAAGAGAAGAGAAAGAGGUAGAGUAAGAUCGAAUUUGGUUCCAUUCUGGUCAAAGAAACCAAUCUCGUCGAGAAUGAACGACUCGUCAUUUUCUAAUGCCAGCCAACAGCUGUCCAACACACAACAACCAACCAAUCAAGAUUUCAGAGUAGAACUUGCCAAAAGAAUCAUGGGCUACGAAAUCAGAAAGCCAAGAGGUUUUGACAAGGAAGUGAGAAUCUUGAGAUGGGACAAAUUGGUUCCAGCCUUAAAAAGAGCUUUACAAAGUUACUAUACAGAAAUACCGCUGAGCGACGCCCAUCUCGAUUUCUAG